GCUUGACCUUAAUUAUUUAUGCAAAAAUCAACCGUCCAGUGUCUUGGGGAUCGCCCGAGGCAUCCGUAAGUCACACUUGGAGUAUUUUUCUCGGGUACAACGUUGUUUGGGCAAUGCGUGAAUACCGUAUAAACGGGGCCCGUGUGCAAUUGUUAUUAUCACAGUGAUUUACCACCUUAGCAAUAGCAUAUACCUACAGAAUAAAUACACUAUAUCAUUUUGCCGGACCACCGUCGAUUAUUUUAUCGGUAUACUGUUACAGUGCGACGGAAAAUAAACUAUUUGGAACAUGUCCGUCAUAUUGAAUAGCCUUAGUAACUUUUCCGAAUGGAUAGAAGAGAAUGCAGACCACCGAGUCAAGGACUUGUUUCUAAUGGGUUCGGCAUGGCCAACGCUGAUACUGCUGGUGGCCUACUUAUUGUUCGUCCUCAAGUUGGGUCCCAGUUACAUGAAAAACCGUAGAGCUUUCAACAUCGACCGGAUCGUUAUGGUGUACGACGUGGUCCAAGUGUUUUUCUCGGUGUAUCUAGUGAAAGAGGCAUUUCGACUGGUGUGGCUGGACAACGACUACAGGUUCGAUUGCAUAGAAAUCGACCUCAGCGACACGCCUAAAGCAAAAGAAAAAUUGUUCGUCGUCUGGUUGUAUUACUUCUCCAAGGUUUUGGAUCUACUCGACACGGUAUUCUUUGUGUUGCGAAAGAAAGAGAAUCAAGUGACGUUUUUGCACAUCUAUCACCACUCAAUGGUGCUGUUCUUCAGUUGGAUUGUAGCAAAGUUCUUCCCAGGAGGACAAGUGGCUUUCUUCGGCACGAUAAACGCCUCCGUUCACGUGGUCAUGUACAGCUACUACUUCUUGACCGUCCUGAAACCGGAAUACAAGAAAGCUUGGUGGAAGAAGCAUUUAACUCAAUUGCAAUUGAUUCAAUUCGUCAUCACCGGAGUUCACGGUUUCAUUGCAAUGAUGGCGACGGACUGCAAAUUCCCAAAAGCAUUGAUCGCCAUUGGCUUGCCACAAGACAUGUUUAUGUUUAUUUUGUUCUGGGACUUUUACAAAAAAACCUACAGGAAACCAACCAAUAAGCAGCUGUAAAUCGCAUGUCCUCGAGAAUAAAAUAUACAUGUUUUAUUUAUUUGCCAA